GUGGGCGUUCUGAUUUGAUGGUUGGCCGUAAAAACCCCUCCCUCUACCAAUCCAUUAGUCUGAAUGCGCUCCUUUUUUCUUCCUUUGAUUUCCGCUUUAACACUUUCUUUUUCCUUCAAACAUCCCCAUGCAUGAAGUUGAAAGGUCAAAGUCUUCUUUAGCCCCUAAAGACAAGUUACAAGGUGGUCACCUCACGCCAGGCGCCCACUUCGCUCAUCCCCUUCGUAUAAUUUACAUACACACACGUUGCCCUCACUUUCCUAUUCCCCAUUUUAGGCUUGUGUUACAACCCAACUAUAUAACAUUUUGGGGUUUAAGCUAGCUUUAUAUGUCAUGUGAACCUUCAACUUGUUGCUCCAUUUUGUUUAGAGCUUGAUUCCCAUUAUUGGAAUGGACAAACACCAAGAAUACGAGAGGGUAUUUAAUCACUUCGAUGAGAAUAAAGAUGGGAAGAUAUCCCCGGCGGAGCUUCAACUGUGCGUGAAGGCGAUAGGAGGGGAGCUGUCACGGGAAGAGGCGGAGGUGGCGGUGGAGGUGUUGGAUACGGACGGGGAUGGAUUGUUGGGGUUGGAGGACUUCAUUAGGUUAGUGGAAGAAGUAGGAGAGGAAGAGAAAGUGAAUGAUUUGAAAGAGGCUUUCAAGAUGUAUGAGAUGGAAGGUUGUGGGUGUAUUACGCCAAAGAGUUUGAAGAGGAUGCUUAGUAGAUUAGGUGAGUCUAGAACUUUAGAGGAAUGUAAAUCCAUGAUUGCUCAGUUUGAUCUUAAUGGCGAUGGAGUCCUCAAUUUUGAUGAAUUUAGAGUCAUGAUGUUAUGAACUUGUCAUAUUUACAUAUAUAAUCUUAACGAUGAAUUUGAA